CCCUCUGUUUUUUUCCUUGCUGUGAAAUUUAUACAAGUCGUUUUUCAAUGGCGGCCAAGACUGAAGGCAAAGCAAUAGGCAUCGACCUCGGCACCACCUACAGCUGCGUAGGUGUGUGGCAGAACGACCGGGUCGAGAUCAUCGCAAACGACCAAGGCAACCGCACCACUCCUUCCUACGUGGCCUUCACCGACACCGAGCGGCUCAUCGGCGAUGCGGCCAAGAACCAGGUCGCCAUGAACCCGGCCAACACCGUCUUCGACGCCAAGCGUCUGAUCGGCCGGAGAAUCUCCGACCCGUCUGUCCAGGCCGACAUGAAGCUCUGGCCUUUUAAGGUCAUACCCGGCCCGGCCGAGAAGCCGAUGAUCGUCGUCACCUACAAAGGCGAAGAGAAGCAGUUCUCGGCGGAGGAGAUUUCGUCCAUGGUGCUGGUGAAGAUGAAGGAGAUUGCCGAGGCUUUUCUGGGCCAGACUAUUAAGAACGCUGUGGUGACUGUCCCUGCUUACUUCAACGACUCUCAAAGACAGGCCACCAAGGACGCCGGAGUUAUUUCCGGGCUCAACGUCAUGCGGAUCAUCAACGAGCCGACGGCUGCUGCUAUAGCUUAUGGUCUGGACAAGAAGGCGUCGAGGAAAGGUGAGCAGAAUGUGCUCAUCUUUGAUCUUGGAGGUGGUACUUUUGACGUGUCGAUCUUGACUAUUGAGGAGGGGAUUUUCGAAGUCAAGGCCACCGCCGGUGACACUCAUCUCGGCGGUGAGGAUUUCGACAACCGGAUGGUGAAUCAUUUCGUGGCGGAGUUUAAGAGGAAGAAUAAGAAGGAUAUCAGCGGGAAUGCCAGAGCUUUGAGGAGGUUGAGGACUGCUUGCGAGAGGGCCAAGAGGACUCUGUCUUCGACUUCCCAGACUACGAUCGAAAUCGAUUCUCUUUAUGAAGGGAUCGAUUUCUAUUCAACCAUUACAAGGGCGAGGUUCGAGGAGCUUAAUAUGGACUUGUUCAGGAAGUGCAUGGAGCCGGUGGAGAAGUGUCUGAGGGAUGCCAAGAUUGACAAGAGCCAGAUUCACGACGUCGUUUUGGUGGGUGGCUCAACUAGGAUUCCCAAGGUUCAGCAGCUUCUGCAGGACUUUUUCAAUGGGAAGGAGCUUUGCAAGAGUAUUAACCCGGAUGAGGCUGUGGCCUAUGGCGCUGCGGUUCAGGCUGCGAUUUUGAGUGGGGAAGGUGAUCAGAAGGUUCAGGAUCUUCUGUUGCUUGAUGUUACUCCACUCAGUCUUGGGCUUGAAACUGCUGGUGGUGUUAUGACAACUUUGAUUCCGAGGAACACGACUAUUCCGACGAAGAAAGAGCAGAUAUUCUCUACUUAUUCGGAUAACCAGCCCGGAGUUUUGAUUCAAGUCUAUGAAGGGGAGAGGGCAAGGACCAGGGACAACAAUCUUUUGGGGAAGUUCGAGCUCACCGGCAUUCCACCAGCGCCUAGAGGUGUGCCUCAGAUCAAUGUGUGCUUUGAUAUUGAUGCUAAUGGUAUCCUAAAUGUGUCUGCGGAGGACAAGACUGCUGGAGUGAAGAACAAGAUCACGAUUACGAAUGACAAGGGAAGACUGAGCAAGGAGGACAUAGAGAAGAUGGUGCAGGAUGCAGAGAGGUACAAGGCGGAGGACGAGGAGGUGAAGAAGAAGGUGGAUGCUAAGAAUGCUUUGGAAAAUUAUGCUUACAAUAUGAGGAAUACAAUCAGGGAUGAGAAUAUUUCUGGGAAAUUGGACCCUUCGGAUAAGGAAAAGAUCGACAAGGCUGUGGAUGAGGCUAUUCAUUGGCUGGAGGGGAACCAGUUGGCUGAGGUGGAUGAGUUGGAGGACAAACAGAAGGAGUUGGAGGGGAUCUGCAAUCCCAUUAUUGCUAAGAUGUAUCAGGGUGCUGGUGCUGGAGGUAUGCCACCUAUGGGUGAUGAUAUGCCUGGUGCCCAUUCUAAUGGUUCUGCCACUGGUGCUGGCCCAAAGAUUGAAGAGGUUGAUUAAGCUGAGAAAUGUGCAGGAUGAGCUGCUCUGUUUGGCUUUUAGGUUUUUGAAUGUAAUGUAAUGUUACUUAAG